AAAGAGUUUAAUUUUCUGGGUUUCCCCCCCCCCUUCUGUUUGGGUUGCUGGGAAAAUAGUAGUAAGAGAAACACAGAAAUAGAAACAAGGUGAAGAUGUUGUUUUUCCGGGUAUUUUCCAGGAUUUCUGCAAUUCCCAGAAAAAACUUGUUCGGUUUCAUUCUCUCUCGUUCAGCUGACCCUUCCCAAUCCGUUUUUUCUAAUCAGUAUGUUCAUUCUACUAUAAAGGUCUGUAGUGGCAGAGAAACUCCAUCCUGGAGUUUGCCUUCACUGCUUGGCCUUGGACGACAAAUUCAUCGGAGCAGUUCCGUGAUAGAGGAGGAACUUGACCCAUUUUCACUCGUUGCCGAUGAGCUGUCACUGGUCGCUAACAGGUUACGGGCCAUGGUUGUUGCUGAGGUUCCUAAGCUUGCUUCAGCUGCUGAGUACUUCUUCAAAUUGGGGGUGGAGGGAAAGAGAUUUCGUCCCACGGUUUUGCUUUUGAUGGCUACAGCUAUGAAUGUUCAUAUACCCGAACCAGCUGCUGCUGGUGUAGGAGAUUUUUUGACAACUGAAUUGCGUACAAGACAGCAGUCUAUAGCCGAGAUAACAGAGAUGAUCCAUGUUGCCAGCCUCCUCCAUGAUGAUGUUCUGGAUGAUGCAGAUCAAAGACGUGGUAUUAGUUCAUUGAAUGCUGUAAUGGGCAACAAGUUGGCUGUAUUAGCAGGAGAUUUUAUGCUUUCACGGGCUUGUGUAGCCCUUGCUGCUUUAAAAGAUACAGAGGUUGUAUCAUUAUUAGCAACUGUUGUGGAGAAUCUGGUUAUGGGCGAAACCAUGCAAAUGAAUACUUCAUCAGAACAACGUUGUAGCAUGGAAUAUUACAUGCAAAAGACAUACUACAAGACUGCUUCCCUGAUUUCAAACAGCUGCAAGGCAAUUGCACUUCUUGCUGGGCAAACAACUGAGGUUGCAAUGUUGGCUUUUGAGUACGGCAAAAAUUUGGGGUUGGCAUUUCAAUUGAUAGACGAUGUUCUUGAUUUCACCGGCACAUCAGCAUCGCUUGGAAAGGGUUCUUUAUCAGACAUCCAGCUUGGAAUCGUAACAGCUCCAAUAUUGUUUGCCAUGGAAGAGUUUCCCCAGUUACAUGCUGUUGUUUAUCAAGGUUUCGACAGCCCUGAAAACAUCGACAUUGCUCUUGAGUACCUUGGAAAGAGUCACGGAAUACAAAGGACAAGGGAGCUAGCCAUGAAGCAUGCUAACCUCGCUGCUACGACAAUUGAGUCUCUACCGGAGAGCAAUGACGAGCGUGUGAUAAAGUCAAGGCGGGCAUUAGUAGAACUUACUCAAAGAGUAAUCACAAGAAACAAGUGAGACAUAAUAGAUGAAGACUGUCAUCUUGUACCAACAUUCUGCAUUGUGCCAAGAGGUUUUGCUUAUUGUUGUUUAUCUUUGUUCCUUCAAGGUUAAGGGGAAAUCCCCCUGCUUGUUUGAGUCUAUGGGUCAGUUAUUACAAAAAUUUUCAUAAUAAUAAUUUUUUUGUUGUUG